AUGGCCGAAACCACAAUACCUUAUUACAAGAAGCAGGCAUCGUACCAAGAUAAAAGGUAUACUAUAAACAAGUCCAAUCUCAUUGAACCGAUUAUUCGACAUCGGAUACAGGAUUCAUUAUUUUACAAACAAUAUUUAUACUUGAGUAAUGAAGCCACAUUACUACCGAUUAUUAUAGAACAUGUGCAUUAUAUUGGAGGCACGGACUCUUCAAACAGACCAAGCACUUUUAUAUCGUGUUUGUUCAGAAUGCUAGAACUUGAACCAAGUAAAGAGAUAAUCAAAACAUAUUUGACCCAGCUCGACUUCAAUGAGUUCAAGUACCUAACGGCAUUGACGUUGAUUUACAUCCGCUUAACAUAUCCAAGUCAAGAAGUAUACUCCAUAUUUGAUCAAUAUUUUCAAGAUUUCCGGAAGUUACGAAUAAAGUUAAAAACCCCAAUAUUUGACUCACAGAAAUUACCUAUUCAUUAUAAACUUACUUUUCUUGAUGAAUGGGUGGAUGCAUUAUUGGUGAAUGAACGAGUGAUUGAUUUGAUAUUACCCCGAUUAAUACCGAGAACAAUUCUUGUUGAGCGUGGCCAACUUGCACCAAGACAAUAUUACAUUGACAUCAGUGACGAAGAAGAGAACGAUACCAAGGAAGAAGAAGAUAAUUAUGAAAGUGAUAGUGAUUAA